AAGAAAUGUGAAGACUUUUUGCUUCUCAUAAGCAUCACAUCACCCCCAGUCUUCCUACUAUAAAGCCCGGUCUUCUCUUCUAACAUUUCCCAUCAAACACUUUCUAUCAAAAAUCAAAGAUAGCUUCUAUCUGUUCAGAAAACUUGUCCCGAAAAAAAAAAAAAGAAGAAAAUAUACAAGCAAACUCGUAAGCGGAACAAAGAUAAAGAUGGGCAGAGCUCCAUGCUGUGACAAAGCUAACGUGAAGAAAGGUCCAUGGUCUCCUGAAGAAGAUGCUAAGCUUAAGGCAUAUAUUGAGAAACAUGGAACUGGUGGAAAUUGGAUUGCUCUUCCCCAAAAGAUCGGGCUUAAGCGGUGUGGAAAAAGUUGUAGGCUUAGAUGGUUAAACUAUCUCCGACCCAACAUCAAGCAUGGGGGAUUCACUGAAGAAGAAGACAAUAUCAUCUGCAGCCUCUAUAUCAGUAUUGGCAGCAGGUGGUCAAUCAUCGCAGCCCAGUUGCCUGGAAGAACGGACAAUGAUAUCAAAAAUUAUUGGAACACCAGACUGAAAAAGAAGUUGCUGGGAAGGCGUAAACAAUCCCAAAUGAACCGACUUUCGGGCUCAGGCCAGGACCAAAAGGAUGCAAAUGGUGGUAUCGAGGAAAACACCUGGCAAAACUUGAGUAGCUCAGCUCUUGAGAGGCUUCAACUCCAUGUGCAACUUCAGAGCCUACAAAACCCUUUCUCUUUUUACAAUAAUCCAGCACUUUGGCCCAAGUUAAAUCCCCUUCAAGAGAAGAUGAUCCAAAGCCUCCAAAAUCUGACUGAAUCCCAGAAUCCAUCAAUGCAACAAGUUUCUCCUAGCCCUCAAUCUGGAUUGGGCCAAAAUGUUGAAUUCCUCGAGCAAGCUGCUAUUUCUUCUAGGCUUCAACAAGAGCUAGAGAACUCUAUUAACCCUUUGAAUCCCGGAAAUAGUCCCAUAGACUCAACCUUGGCUCCAAAAUCAAACGUUAUGCAACAGCCUGGUUCAGAAUAUCAGCCCAUUUCAACAUUUACACCAGCUGAAAUUGAUAAUCUUCUCAGCAGCAAAACCGCUAGUUUUCUAUCAUCAGAUAAUCAGAUGGCUGAAUUUGAUUGCUUCAAAGAGAUAGACGGUGUGAGGGACGCCCUGAUGUGGUGGUCUAAUGACAUGGAUACAAAUUCAGCAUCCUCGAACUCUUGGGAUUCUGCUUCUCUUCUUCAACAAUCCGGAGGAAUGUAUCAGGAUUAUGCAGUAGGGUACAAUAUGUAAGCAAGCCUAGUAGCUAGGCUAGUCCAAGUCAUAUGAACUUCUAGGAGAAUAUUGUUUUACUCAUAAGAAGGAGAAGAUGGAAAAACUGAUGGCUGAGUUGUUGUAAAUUGUGUGAAUAAUGUUAUGUCCUUGUAUUCUUGCAAAUAUGUAUUCGAUAUGACUGUUGAUCGACAGAACAGCUUUAUAUGAA